AUGGACGGCCAAUCGGUCUCGUCCUACCUCGCAUACAAGCAAGACACGAGCGCCUUCUUGUCUUGGCUUGGUUCCGCCUCCAAAGUGUGCGGUUGGAGGCAGCCCAAGAGGAAAAAGGGUGCUACGUCAGAGGUGAAAUCGCCGGUUCUUACCCUCACCCUGGCUGACAAGGGCUCUCAAAGACUGAAAGGCAGAGCGCGAAAGGAAGCAAAGGAGGCCGCAGCGGCAGGUGCCGGCCAACCAGGAACCACUCCUGCAUUUUCGCGCUCGGUAACAGUGUUGCCGAAGCGGACCUUUACUACAGCCGAGUUAAUUCAGCAGAUUGAGCUGGUUAGCCAGGCUGAUGCAGCACAAAGACCAGAGGUGCUGAUGCCAGUCGCUGUCUAUAAGGCUCUGCAACGUGCAAUCGGGGCCAGAGAGCGCUUUGCAAGAUGGUAUCGACGGACUGGGGCCAGCAGCGAUGAUUCCAUGGAAAGUCACGACUAUUUCACCGGUAUCCUGAGCAAGGCCCUCAUUCUUCUUCGGGGCGUUGACAAUGGUCCCGGCCAUGCCGCCGCCCAUCCUUCAGACGGCAAAACAAGCGACAUCAACUUCAUGGCGAAUAUGUUUGCGUCUCUUCAGGUGGAAGACACGUCUGAGGAAACCGACGAUCAAGCCUGCUUUAACAGCCAACCUGCCUCGCCUAGCGCCUUAACAGGAACGGAUAGCAGUGUCCAGUUCGGCAUCGAAGAGGACAAAAAGAUGGCUGAGAUCGACUUUGCCAUCUUCUCCAUCUUCGAAGACGUACACCGCCUUCGCGCUGAGACGCAACGGAUUUGGGCCCGACUGAAGGAUGGCGACAUGAGCCUCAUUCAAGCCACGCUGUCCCUCGCCGCGGUGAUAGAGCUGGUGCGACGGGCCGAGGAAGAAGCAAUGCAAGUGGUGGCCUCGCACACCACACCCGAAUACUUCGCCGGUGCUUUCAGCAAGGGGUCUUACCAAUUUUUCGUGGGAAGGAUCUACAAUUCCAAGGCGCUCGGCAGAGAAAACGAAUAUAGCGUGAACGAUAAGGAGCACGCAAUUGUCAUUACGCCUUUCGACGAAUUUGUUCUUCUGCCUCUUGGCCACACACUGGUCAAGUUCCAACACUUCUGGUUCAGAGAUCAUGACCUCACGAUGCCCGUCAUCCCGCUGCCUCCUCUGAGGAUGGAUUACAAAAGCGCAGCCAGCCUGCUGGAUGAUCCUCGAUAUCGAAACUUUGAGGCUGAGGAUCAGCUUCUGGUUCAAUUAUGCCACGAGAUGAGAUUCAUCGAGGACAUCCGAAAAGGAAAGUUCUUACACCCGUACAGCCUGGAAGACAAGGAGGCUAUCAAGGACUCAAUUUUACCGUUUGACGACUUCUUUCACAGUGCUAUUCGUCCGAUCUGGGAUCAAGGACUAAUCAGCAUGCCGAGUGCAUUCGCAGCCAGGGCCAUGGUGGAUAUGUACGAAAUUUGCGGCCCAUAUCUCAACGGAAGCCAGCUACUAUCAAAAGAGGCCAGACCAUACACAGAGCGGUUUGGCUUUGCUCAAGACAGCGAUGAGGUCGUUGACAUGCUUGGUCUCCGGGACCUCAUCAUACCACGAUUAACAGACACCCGACAACUGCUUGCCACGCUCUGGCGGAGAUCAACGAAUGACCUGACUCACGAUUCAUUUUGGCUUAAGCACAGGGAAAGGUUCGGCGAAAGGAUACAGAUUGCACGAAAGAAGAUGGCUAGCGGCGGAGGCGAGGGCUUUGAGAAAUUUCGACCCAAGGACCACAAGGCUGGGAUCGCUAUUGCUAAUGAGAGCAUGUCUCUCUUUUGUAUGGCACAUAUAUACAACGCUGCAAGACAGCUUGGUGGACUGGAUAUAUAUUGGCCAGAGCUGGAUCGCGUUAUGGAACUCCACGCCGCGGCUCUUUUUGCCAACAACGUCCCUACAACACCACAAGUCAUAUUUGACAGAUUCAAGUACCGGAUUGGCAUGGGAGCACGUUCGAACUUUUCUCGCUCAUUCGCGUCCUCGUUCUCCACAGGGGGCAAAACCCCGCAACCGCAGGGCCCAUGGAUGCUCCGGCCGACCCCGACGUCGACCACGAUUCGAGAGUUUUUUGAUGCGAAUGCCAGCCCACGCUCUCUCCCGAGAUUGGUUCACCAGCUAGAGGGCCAAGCCUCGCAGCAGAAUCAGUCUGCACCAGAACAGUCCCGCCGGAAGCUUCGAGUAUCCGCUACCCCCUCGGCCUUGGCAACUGGGUCUAUCGCAGGCACCAGCCAGCGGCAGAUGACCUUCCAGCAAACACUCCAGCACUUUGAGAAGUAUCUUGACGCUGUUCUUCCCGACAUGCGGCUUGAUUACAUCACAUUGACUCGCACCUGUGAUGGCCUGCUUGACACUCUGCGUGCCGAGCUGCUUGCCAAGUUCGACGUCUCGUACACGCUCAAGAACGGGCAGACACGCCGCUCUGACGACAUGCACAAUGCAUUUGGUCGGGUGGAGACCGUCCUGUGCAUCUUCCAGGAGACCGCGAAUGCUGCAGACCUGCACGAAGCGAUGAAACGAAAGAAGUAUAGGGGCUUGGAUACUGAGAUUUCGCCCGUGGGCAAACAGCUCGAAUACGCCGCCGAGUUUUUGAGGCUACAUUUAACAUGGGCUAGCCGAAGCGGAUAACGUACCGUAGUCACAAUAUCCCGAUUCUUCUAGUGGUACGUUUGCAGAGUAGCUUGCAGGUACGGAAACAGUCGUUUAACAUUGUCGCGGUCCGGCUCCCUGAUGUGGCUUGGCAGCGUUGAACCGCAUGGUACGGAAGGCUAUAUCUUACACUGGGUCAAAACCCGUUUUCCAUCGAUUUUAGUCAAUACAAGGACCCCACCCUACACCCCCAUGUUCCCACCCAACC